AAUAUAAAAGAGAGGGCACGACCAAGGUUUGAAGUGCCGUUCCGUGCCGCCUGGCACGGACGAUUUUUACCGUUACGCCGGGCGGCCGAAACCGGCACGGGAGGCGUCCUCGUCUCGGCGUCGCCGGAGGAGACGCGGGACGCCUCCUUCGGCGCUGGAGGAGACGCGGGACGCCUCCGGCGGCGUCCCGCGGCAGGGUCGCCAGACGCUUCCGGCGCUGCCGGAGGCGUCCGGCGACGCUUCCAGCGAGAUCGCGAUGAUCGAUCGCGGGCGGGCACGAUCUCGGAUUCAACUCCGGUGGAGACCAACUCCCAGCAACCAGGCGGCUAUGGAUCGGUGACGAUAACUCUCAUCCAACAGAGCAACAGCCGACACGGGAAGCACUGUGAGGCUCUUGGCUGGAGAGGGGUAAUCGGGACAAGGAACACGGAGACUUGGAUGCUCAGCUUUCGGCAAGCUCUGGGUGUCAACAGUGGAGGAAAGGUCUCAGAUGUUGUUCCUAUAGCAUGCCGAGCAGCAGCAAAUGCCGGGAUUCGCUCAGUUUGUGUAACUAACUUCAGUUGGGAUUUCAUAUAUGCUGAAUAUAUCAUGGAAGCUGGGAAUCACCAUAGAGCUAUUGUCUGGCAGAUAGCUGAAGAUUACUCUCACUGUGAUCUGCUACUCCGGCUUCCUGGAUAUUGUCCUAUGCCGGCAUUCAGGGAUCUUAUUGAUGUUCCAUUAGUUGUUAGAAGAUUACGCAAAUCAAGAUCUGAGGUAAGAAAAGAACUUGGAAUUGGAGAUGAUGUCAAAGUGCUUAUUUUUAACUUUGGCGGACAGCCAGCAGGAUGGAAUCUUAAGCAAGACUGGCUUCCUGAUGGUUGGUUUUGUCUGGUUUGUGGUGCAUCUGACAAUCAAGAACUUCCACCAAACUAUGUAAAGCUUGCAAAAGAUGUAUAUACACCAGACUUUAUUGCUGCUUCUGACUGCAUGCUUGGAAAAGUUGGAUAUGGCACUGUCAGUGAAUCUUUGGCAUACAAAGUGCCAUUUGUUUUUGUACGUAGGGAUUAUUUCAAUGAAGAACCAUUCUUGCGCAAUAUGCUUGAGCAUUACCAGGGUGGUGUGGAGAUGAUUAGGAGGGAUUUACUCACUGGCCGAUGGGCUCCAUAUCUUGAGCGUGCACUCACUCUUAAGCCAUGCUAUGAGAGAGGCAUUGAUGGUGGUGAGAUCAUAGCUGGCUUACUGCAGCAUACUGCUAAAGGAAAAUAUUUUGUUUCUCAUCAGUUGAGUGGAGCAAGGAGAUUGCGGGAUGCCAUAGUUCUUGGAUAUCAGUUACAAAGAGUUCCAGGGAGAGAUAUGACAGUACCUGAUUGGUAUUCUUUGGCUGAGAAUGAAAUUGGUUUUCAGCCAGCGGCAUCAAAUGCAGAUAUGAAUGUUAAAAUUCUUUCAAAAUUAUGCUUUGAGGAGUUUGAAAUACUUCAUGGAGAGUUUCAUGGUUUGCCUGAUACGGUUGCUUUUAUAAAGAGCUUAUCUGGACUUGCUAAAAUAGCUGACUCAAGUCCUCAAAAGUGCCCAAUGCGAGAGCAUGUUGCUGCUUCAGCACUCUUUGACUGGGAGGUUAUGCCUUAG